CCACCAUCCCUCCCGAUCCGUUCUGCUCCCCUCCGUGUCAACAGCGACGCCGCGAACCCUCCCUUUGCCUCCGCCUUCUGCUUUCCACUUCCACGUCCCCGUCUCGAUCGGCCCGCCCGCCCGCUCCACGCGCCGCCGCGCGGAAUCCGCAGACCCGCCCUCGCCCUGCCCUCCCCCACACCGCCUCGCCCUCUCCCCUGACCCGCCGUCCUUCCCCUCCCCAGUUCCCCAGCCAGAUCGGAGCUGCGGGGUCGUCCACACGGGUGCUGCGUUUCGUCAGUUUUCUGUAAGCAUCUUUGGGACAUCAAUUUUGUUGUUAUUCUAGAAGAGGAAAUAUGCAGGCAUCAAGAGCUAGGCUUUUCAAGGAGUACAAGGAGGUGCAGCGAGAGAAAUCAGCUGACCCUGAUAUUCAGUUGAUAUGUGAUGAUUCAAACAUAUUCAAGUGGACUGCUCUCAUCAAGGGACCCUCGGAGACUCCUUAUGAAGGUGGUGUCUUCCAGCUUGCCUUUGCUAUUCCAGAGCAAUACCCUCUGCUACCUCCCCAAGUUCGCUUCCUGACUAAAAUUUUCCAUCCAAAUGUUCAUUUCAAGACUGGUGAAAUUUGCUUGGAUAUCUUGAAGAAUGCAUGGAGCCCUGCGUGGACCCUCCAAUCAGUUUGUAGAGCCAUAAUUGCACUGAUGGCUCAUCCGGAGCCAGACAGCCCACUUAACUGUGACUCAGGCAAUCUCCUACGAUCUGGCGACAUCAGAGGUUUUCAGUCAAUGGCAAGAAUGUACACAAAGCUUGCUGCGAUGCCAAAGAAAAACUAAUAAAGUUAAAUGGAACAUAUGGAGCCCAUGGGGCCUUCAUCAUAGCUGUGAUGCUGUCGUCAUGUGUCUGGAGUCGUGAUGUAUCUGUUUACUGACUGUAUUUGACUUGGUAUAAGAAUCCAUUUGCAAACUGAUCUACUGUGUAGCUUUGGUCUCCUCUCACCUCACAUCUUUUGUACUCCCUCUGUCGUUUUAGCAAAUCUGGAUACAUAGUUUUUGCUAUGUAUCUAUACAUAACAUUUAACACUUAUCGCAGUUUGUCUAGGAAAUUAUCCAUUUUCUAUCAAAUUGAAAAAAAAAAAACAGUUCUAGUGUCA